AUGCCCUCACUUCCAGGGUUCCAGAAACAGUUCGACAUUGACUCCGGCGCGAAUGCGGACGCGAUACGCACCUUCAUUGCCAUCAUCUACAUUGGCUACGGUGUCGGAUCUGCCCUGACAUUCUUCAUCAACGAUCGCGUCGGCCGUAUAUGGUCAUUUCGCCUCUACACGCUUGUGUACUGCAUCGGCACAUUCAUGGCCAUCUUCUCGCCGAACAUCAAGGUCCUGUACGGCGCCCGAAUCAUCCAGGGCCUCGGUCUUGGGGCAUUCACUGUCAGUGGCCCAAUGUCAAUUGUCGAGAUUGCGCCGCCCCAGAUUCGUGGACUGCUUGUAUCCUGGUUUAGCCUGUUCAUGGGCGUCGGACUCGUCGCGGCCGUCUUUUGCACCUUGGGCGCCUACCGGCAUAUCUCUGUGGGCAAGCUGCAGUACCAGAUUGUCAUGUUUGUCCCCAUGAUUUACCUGGCUGUCUGUAUGGUGGCAACCCUCUUCAUCGAGGAAUCGCCACGCUGGCUCUUCUUGGUUCAACGACGCGAGGAAGCCAUUGCCACUUUGGUUCGGAUCCGCGGUCUGCCUGCCAAUGACCCCCUUGUAAGCCGCGAGAUCCAAGACAUCGAGGACGACAUCGGCACACAGGCGGAAGCGAUCGGAAACUCCAGCUUCUGGACCAUUUUAAAGGAAACCUUCACCAAGGCCUCAAACCUCCGACGAGUGCAGCAGAGCCUUCUCACCUAUGCACUCGCGCAGCUUUCCGGCGCAAAUCUCAUUACCUCCUACUUUGUGCCGAUCCUAGCAAUUGUCGGGAUUCAAGGGGACACGGCAUACUCCAUGUUCCUCAGUGGCAUGUACGGAACUUCUAAAUUCUUUUUCAUUCUCAUCGCGUCCUUUUUCUUUAUCGACGCCCUGGGUCGCCGCAGGUCUCUGUUCGUGGGCGCUGCCAUGCAGCUGGUCACGCACGUCUAUCUUGCUGUCUAUGUGCGAUACACGCAGUUGGGCCCCGUUCCCGAGGCAGCUUCGAAUGCUGCUAUCGCAGCUCUCUUCAUACACGCUUUCGGCUAUGGUGUUGGUCUAUAUCUUCUCCCUUACGUCUUUGGCGGUGAACUGUGGCCAAAUCGUAUACGGUCCUUCGGUGCCGCCCUGAGCCAGGCCUUCCACUGGCUCUUCAUCUACGGGAUGCAAUAUAGCAUGCCUUCCAUACUUUCCAGCUUUCACCAAUGGGGAGCCUUCCUCUUCUUCGCAGCCUGGUGCGCUGUUGCUAUCUUAUAUACGUACCUGAUGAUUCCCGAGGUGUCUGGCCUGACGGUUGAGGAAAUUGAAGAAAUGUUUAAGGGUCCAUGGUUUAACGCAUAUCGGACAAAUAACCGAACCACUAUUGAGGGGCGUCCUAACGCUGCUGACGAAGACAUGGAUAAAACAAUAUAA